AUGCAUACGGAGCAUCGAACAUGCUGCGCCUGCGGGGAGCCCAUAGCUGACCGCUUUCUGCUGGAAGUGGGUGGGGGAGCCUGGCACACAGCUUGUCUGCGAUGCUGCGUCUGCGCUGUGCAGCUCGACCGUCACCCGUCAUGCUUCCUCCGUGACCGACAGGUCUACUGCAAGCAGGAUUAUGCCAAGAGUUUCGGUGCGAAGUGCUCCAAGUGUUGCCGGGGUAUAUCGUCGUCGGACUGGGUGAGGAAGGCCAGGGAGCAAGUCUACCAUCUGGCCUGCUUCGCCUGCGACGCCUGCGGCCGCCAGCUGUCUACAGGAGAACAGUUCGCGCUGCACGAAGACAGGGUGCUCUGUAAGCCGCAUUACUUGGAGACGUUGGAUGGGGGAUCUAUUUCUUCAGAUGACGGUUGCGACUCAGAGGGCUACCACAAGAGCAAAGCUAAGCGGGUGCGGACGACCUUCACUGAGGAGCAGUUGCAGGUCCUCCAAGCGAACUUCCAGCUGGACUCCAACCCCGACGGACAAGACCUGGAGAGGAUCGCUCAAGUGACCGGCCUCAGCAAGAGGGUCACUCAAGUCUGGUUUCAGAACAGCCGAGCGCGCCAGAAGAAACACCAGCACACUGGCAAGGGGAAGCAGGCACAAGUGAUGCCUCGUGAUUCUGAUCCGGUGGGGUUUGGGCGGCCCAUCAACCUCCACCUCACAUACUCCUUCCAGAACAAGCCCCCGUUUGUGCCAAUAGAUGGCACGUCUUUUACUGAUUCCUCGAUGGACGAACUAUCAGAAGACUCGUCCAUCCACUGCAUGCAGAGUGAAGUGUAGAAGACAUAAAAGAAAAGCAUUUUACAUCCUGUAGAUACUUUAGGUUUCCUCGUAGGCAGUAGUUUUUAAAUUAUUAGAUUUAUAAUAUGCAUUUAAAUCACGUCGU